GCAACUCAGAGUUAUGUUGACGAAUGUCCUAUGGACGGAUUUAGGACGAAAAUUCAGAAAGACCCUACCUAGAAACGAUGCUAAUUUCUGUGAUGCCAACAAGGUGUACUCAGACUCAUUGCCUUCGACAUCUGUUGACAACCUAGAGACAUGUCAAAAAUUAGAACCUCUUCACCAAAGCCUUAAUUUAUCUGAAAG